AUGAAGACGUACGAUCGCUCGGACAUCACCUGCCUCGGCCACACUGAAAGCAACGUAUCCACUGCUGUCUUCGAGGUCGAACCCGGUGCUACAAUCAAGAACGUCAUCAUCGGCCAGAACCAAAUGGAGGAUGUCCACUGCGAGAUGUCGGACUGCACGAUCGAGAACGUGUGUUGGGACGAUGUGUGCGAGGAUGCCCUUAGUAUCAAGGGUGGAAACUCUUCCAGUGUGUCCAGGGUCAUCGGUGGUGGGGCUCGUUAUGCGGAUGACAAGGUAAUCCAGCACAACGGAUAUGGCACCGUUGUUGUCGAGGGCUUCUACGCACUGGACUUCAACAAGCUGUACCGCUCAUGCGGAAACUGCAAGAGCAACCCUCGCCAGCGCUUCCUCAACAUGACCAACAUUUACGUGGACCUCGCGGUUGUUAAAAGUGACCGCGCUGGUAAAAACGUCAGCAUUGUCAUGAUGAACGGGAACUUUGGAGAUGAAGCUGUGCUGCGCAACAUUUAUGUGAAGCCUACUAUGGCGAGAUUCACGGAGUGUGCCUCCUCCUAUGGAGUGAACCAAAGCGGAGCGAAACCAGUGGUGCUGAGCAACGGUCCUAAGGCGCCGGUGUGUCAGUACAGCUACGACGACGUCCAUAUCAUUCCGAGCAAGCAAAAGCAGGGACAGCACGAACAGCAGCACCUGAGUGGAAAAUUGUGUGUGUUUUAA